CCGCUGCCUCGCCUAGUCUCUACGUGUCUUAUGCGCUGUCGGCGACGUGUCCUCUUUGCAGUUGGAACUGCAGCGAACGCCAUGUUUCGAUGAUCCUGAGUCCAGAGCUAAGCGCGCGAUAGCUCAGAUACCUGACUGACGAUGCUUCAUCUGUGACGUGUGUGUGUGGACCAAACGCUUACUGCUCGGUUUGGCUCUUAUCGUAUCCAGUCUCAAACAUCACGCUUCUGUGUAUACAAGGAGCCCCGUUCACAUCUUCGUCGCUUCGCUUUGCUCGCUGCAUUGUGCUUCUUUCUCGAACCUCCACCCCAUCGGUCGGAAAAGCCGACAAUGGCACUCGUUAAUACUGUGAUACAGGCUACUUUGCUGAGCAUGUUCUCAAACAUACUCGCACAGAUUCUAGACUCUUACCAAAAGAACACGUCUCUUUCUAUAAAUUUUACCCCAGUGCUACACUUCGCCGUCUACGCAGCCCUUUCCACUCCUAUAAACGUUGGCUGGCAAGAUUGGCUAGAGAACACCUUUCCGAGCAAGAGACCGUCGACAGCGAAUCAAUCCAACUCGCACGAGAAAGCGAAUGUGCCCGAACCAACCCACGAUGGCGCUCUUCAUAUUCUGAACACUUUCACAAAGUUUGUACUUGAUCAAACUGUCGGUGCAUUGUUCAACAUACCACUUUUUAUCGGCAUCAUCGGUGCGUUAAAAGGGCAAAGCAUGGAGCAUAUUUUGGGUAAGAUCCAAGAGGACAGUUUCGAUAUCUACUUCUCAGGCAUGAAACUAUGGCCACCCGUAUCUCUCGUCAGCUAUGUUUUUGUCCCGCCUGAGCACCGCGUCAUUUUUGGAAGUAUUGCUGGCGUGAUCUGGAAUAUCUAUCUGAGUUUGAUGGCUCGCUGAUCGUCUUUGUCGGACUCAGUUGGCUUGAACAUCGACGCAAGGUAUAUCGGGUGGCUUGCUUGAUACUCGAACCGCCACCUUGCUCACAGAUCGGAACAAUGAACAGUUCAAGGCGAGUCUCAGAAUCAGAUUUGGGUGCGGGCCGUGUUCGCGUCUCUUUAACUAGAACUAUGUGAGCGGGGUGGCGCGCGGGUCAACGGCCUUUCUCGUUCCUUUUCCACGGCUUCGUCCAUCCAAUUGUCCCGAACAAUAGUCAGCUAACACAAGCCUUGUUAUUUUUGAGCAAGUUUCUGCCCCAUCUCCUUGAUUUCCCUGGCCGGACUAGGACAUGCGACUUUGUGGCGGUUUCCAAAACGCAUGGCUUCUAAAUUAAGGACCCCGGCAUUUUGCGCCGCAACCGGAUUGUCCGCAAGAGGAGGGGAGAAGGUCAAAGAGGUCGGAACGAUCCUAGCAAACGUGAAUCAAUAGGGCAAUUAGAAGUGUCUCAUCUGAGAAAAACUGGGAAUUUAGAAAGGAUGUCUUUGCUCUGAUAUACCCUCGCGAUGUUUGCAAACCGGUGGAUUUUGUUUUCUCAUUCCUUUCUCUUCUGUCUCGCAGCUGCGCUGCUUUUUUUUUGGCAACAGGGUUCGAUCAUGUAUCAGCCCUU